UAUCUGAAACAGAUCGCGGAUUGUUGGUUAGACAUAAUGCUGUGUGUUUGAUAAAACCAAUUUCAACAUUCGUUUUUAUCAAAAGCAUUAUCUCGAGAGCUGUCGCUUUGCUAAGUACAAAGUGCAACUCAGGCGAUCGCUACAUCUGUUUGAAGAUAUGAUGGGAAAAAAUGAAAUGUUAGUUUUGAUUUUUUGUCUUCUGGUGCAGUUCAUUGGAAUUCAUGCAACCAGUUUUACAAGGAGUGAACUGCUACAGCGUCUAACUAACAAGACUACAUAUGACCCGUAUUAUCCCCAAGGCUAUGAUGAAGGUAAAACAAACGUAGUGAUCGUGCAGCUGGAUAUACUUGAUUUGACUUCAAUCAGUGAACAAAAUAUGGAAUAUACAUUAAUGAUGCUUAUGAGGAUGCAGUGGCAAGAUGAAAGAUUAGCAUUCAAAGAACUUGCAAACUACAGCCGACUUGAUCUAAUAGGGGAAAGAGUCAGAUUGGUAUGGACACCGGACCUGUAUAUGUUGAAUGAGAGGAAAACGGUUGCACAUUCAUUUAUAAAAGCUGAAGAGCUUAUUUACAUUGAUCCUGAUGGGAUUGUGACAUUUAGCCAGAGAUUUUCGGCGACAAACUACUGUCGUAUGAAUCUGAUGCAUUAUCCAUUCGACGUGCAAGAGUGUGUAAUUACGAUAUUGAGUUUGAAUGGUGUUGAAGACAUUAUUGAUUAUGAACAGGACGAUAGAGAUACUGAUAUGAAUUUGAAUAUUGGUGAGAUCGAGGACUUUGUUUUCAAUUCUAGUAUUACAGAUGACGAGGUUGUAAAUGCUAUUAUUACAGAUAACGUGAUU